UUUUUUUUUUUUUUUUCCGGGGGUUGAUUUACUCCACGAGACAAUCCUCCAAGGGCUGCGUGUAGGUCGUCCCUCCUUCAUGAAAAUGAGGAGAUUGUGAGAACGCUGACCACGAUCUUAUUUUUCGUGAGGUGGAGCAGCCAAGAGAACAUUUUCUUCUAGAGCUUUUGUUUAUCAUUUUUAGUCUUUGGUUUCGACUUUCUUGCUGACGAACUGUAUCCUAACGUCGUGACAGGAUUCAUGUAGAGGAACUUCUUCGCCCUGAGAAGAUUUGCAAGAAUUCGCUUCGUUCUCCUGUACCUAGGAGGCUGGUGUGAUGGCAACUCUUGGAGCCCCUUUACCUGGUAGCAGCAUGUCCUCCAACAAUGGCACCUCCCGACUGGCCAUGAUGCAGGCACGACUGAGGGAGCAGCUGAUGGUGGAGAAAGAAUCAAGGCUGCUUCAGAUGGCAGCCCGCCAAGAGGCAGAGAGGAACAACACCAUCCAGAGGGUGACGAAGACCUCAGCGUCUAGUCUCUCCUCGACCUUGUCCUCCCUCAACUCCUCAGGAGCCGGACAAGGAAGGGUGAGGAAAUUGUUCGAGGAGAGGAGGACUAACGGAUACAACCACAGCCCGGUGGGAUGGGACAAGAGUUACCCACUGGAACCCGUCAGAGGACCAGGAGGUGGCGGCGGGAGACCUCCGAAGCCCAAAGGGCUCGUCAGGAACAACAGGGGCGUGAGCGUGGACAGAGCUUACCAGAACUUAGACUCGUCAGCCAUGAAGCGAUCGCAGAGCCACGCAACGCUGCAGAAAAAUAACAACAAUUACAACGACCCCCGUUCCCCCGGCAGACUAGGCCUACGCCCGCCGCAACAGCGCGUCCCCGCCCACCACAAAUCCACCUCCUCCCUCCUCGACGCCAACCAGAACUACAACGGUCGCGGCAGCAGCGGCAGCAGCGGAGGCUACAGCAGAGGCCCCUCCAGGGACCCCUCGCCAGCGCCUUCGCCAUCGCACAUGAACGGCAGCAGGUUCGGCUUCCGCAACAGCAACUCCCGAGGUCCCUCCCCCUCCCCGCAAGCAAACGGUUCGCCGGCCCGCAGUGGUCCGCCACCGGGACUUCGCAGAACCAACGACGACGUAGACUCAGGGAGAACCCCGGCACAGAAGCGCUCCAUGCAGCCGAGGCCUCCGGUUCGACAGCCUCCACAGCGGCCUCCGAGACAGGCGCCUCCACGGCAGCCGUCGACGGAGCCCGAAAAUAAUGACGACGAGGUUGUUGAGGAGUCACCCAAACCGGAGAGCAAAACACCCGUCAUCCGAACUCGUGGUCACCCGAUAACACAAGUCAAGAGUCGCAGCAACAACAACAAUAACGAGGGCGAAUACGAUGCGCCGAAGCCAGUGCCGCGGUCCAAAGGUGCCCUGAACUUCAAGCCUACGGGCCCCGCUAAAUCUUCCGUGCCCCCCGGUCUGGCAAGUUGCAAGAUCUGUGGACGCAAUUUCGCCCCUGACCGGCUAGAGAAACACGAGGCCAUCUGUGCGAAGUCGAAGGCCAAAGCCAAGAAACGAAAGGUAUUCGACCCCGUGAAGAUGAGAACAAAAGGAACAGAAGCAGAGAAAUUCGUUGCCAAAGGAAAGCACUUAGAGAAAACUCCUGCGAAGCCCAAGAAAGUCGACUGGAGGAAGAAACACGAGGACUUUAUCGCCACCGUACGAGCAGCCAAGGGAAUGUCAGGGUACGAGGCGCCUCCCUUAGACACUUCGGACUACGUUGAGUGUCCCCACUGCGGACGCAAGUUCGCGGAGGGCGUGGCCGAAAGACACAUUCCAAAGUGCGCUUCGAUUCAGAGCAACAAACCUGCCGGGCCCGCUGGGAGAAGGAGGUAAAUGAAAGAUGACAUCGAUGAUCCUGAGUUUCCAGGAAAUACUAAAGAUCGUUGUGUUUGAUGUGAGUCUUCAGAGAGGUAAGAUGUGCAACAUUCCAGCUGUCGAUUCCAGAAGCCGAUAGAAGAAGAAGACGGAAAACCUUGUAGUACUAACAAGACCUCCAAAAACAAUGAACAGUUUUACAUGAUUUCCUCUCACAUGACUGAAUAUUCCAUGUAAGGGUUAUAAGUGCCUCUGCCCUACUCUUCUGGACGCUGUUCAUAUGUAUAUGUCAAAAAUACCUGUAGGCCUACUAAUCAAAAUCCCAGACGGUCUACUCCCCAAAACCCCGACAGCUGAGACAAAAUGUCUUUUGUUUUUCUUUUUUUUUCACGAAAAGCUGCACGACUUCGCAGGGAAUCAAACAAAUCUGGAUAAAAUACGAUACAAUAUUUAAGUGUGAGUUUGGACCAUAUAAUUUCCGAGAGGAAUAUAACCUUAUUUUGCCUGAGUUCCAUUGUGCUUCGACUUGGUUAAUAGGUCGUUAAGUAGCUUGUAUUUAUAGCUUAUGUUUUUACUGAGAAAGUCGUUCUUGUCGUAGGUGAUGAAUGUGAUGUUUAGCUUUUGUAUUUUGAUGUAAAAAGAUCAUUGCCUAUAUUGCAUUAUAUCUGAAACUUUAGUUGCCUACGGUGGAAAUCCCCCAUGGUGUGAGUGAACUGUGCAGCUCUGUAUAUAGUGUGAAUAUGAAGAUACUAAAAAAAAUCAGGUUAUGCCUUUUCUUUUUUGAGUUCUUGAACAUAGAAAACGGGAAUGAAACAUAUACUACAAAACGGGAAUAAAAUAUAUACUAAUGUUAAUAACUACUUUUUAAAAACUAAUGGAAAGGCAAUACUAUAUUUUUUGCAUGAUAAAACAAAAAAUCUGGAAUCUCACUACGACUUCCUUCUUAUGUUAUAAUUAACAUAUUUUUGUACAAAAAAAUAGAGAAGGAAAUUAAGGAAGAAAACAAACGCAAGUGAAUAAAUUCCGAAGCAUCUUAUAAAACAGGAUCACCUUUGAUUAAAGCAACGCUGCGGUUACGAGAUUUACAAAAGAUUCAAGUAACAACGUGAGUAGUAGCUUAAGCCAAGGAGAUACCGACAGUUUCUCCAAAAGAAAACCCUGGAAAUGUUCUUCUUACGGCCAGAGACAGUUAUGUUUACAGGAUCAGGAUAAAAACCUAACAAGUCCUCUGGAGAAGAGAAACACAGAUCAUUGAGGAAAUCCUGAACAAACCUAGAAGCUGUAAUACACUGUCCAGUUUUUCUUACGCUGUUAAGGAAAUGAUCCAACAUUCCUUUACGUUCGGCUUGAACUGACUGUGAUAAUAGAUACGACUGGCAGAGAAGGACGACGUGUGAUUCUUACUUAGGAAUGUUUUGUACUGUAGAAGAUGAAAAGGUUUAGUAAACCCACAUUCAAGAUGCUUUCCGUAGUUCCACGUCUCGUUAGCGAAGUGACAGGUUUGCUCAAAGUAUAGGUGUGACGGACCCUCGAGAUAUUUUACUAAUCUUUCGCUAUGGUGGCUUUUUUGUUCUAACGACAGCCAUUGUUAGCUGUGACGAAACGCUGCAUUUUCAUGUCCUCGUGGUAUUUGAUAUGUAACACGCAUCCAUUUCUUGCCGAAACCGGACGGUUCAGAAAUGCAUUUUUUAUCGUAAACGAUAGUACUAAUGAACCAAACGCGGCCGAGUGGGCAGAAUCAUUGCUAGAUGAACGCAAUGAUAUUUCUCUGUUUAUACGUAAUGAUUAUUUUGUCUUACGGCGGAGAAACAAGGGGUAUAGCAUUUGUAUGAGCUGUUGAGUAAUAUUAAGGCUUUGGCUACGUCAUUCAAGUGAUGACGAGCUUAAUAUGUAC